GGAGCACAGUGUAGAAUUGCCAUUAUACAAUGUCAAAAAAAAACCACCACAAGCCUUAUAUCAAUGUUUGUUAUACACCAUUACUUACAUCACACCAAUAAAGAUAAAGAAUCAGCGACAUUUAUCAUCAAUUCCACAUUCAAUAAUAAACAGUUCCGAACACGCCAUGACAGACAAAAUCAAAGUGACGCACGUUAUUUUCGAUCUCGACGGGGUAAUUUUAGAAACCGAAUCAAUAUUCGCGAAAAUAGGUGAGGAAAUAGCCGAGGAAUAUGGCAAACAAUACACGGAGGAUAUGAAAGUCAAGGUAAUGGGCACCCCGGAACCCGAAUCUAUCCGGAUCAUGAUGGAGGAAUUAAAGCUACCAAUUACAAGGGAAGAGUUUGUCGAAAAAUACAUAACAAAAGUGAACCUAUAUACACAAUCGCCGGAGCUGAUGCCCGGCGUAGAGGAGCUCAUCAGGCAUCUGCACUGCUCCGGGGUGCCUCUAGCCGUCGCGACGUCCUCCAAUCAGGAUCAAUUUAGAACGAAGACGCAAAAUUAUAAAGAUUUGAUGUCUUUGUUCGAGCACGUGGUGUGUUCAGGGACGGAUCCGGAGGUGCAGAAGGGCAAGCCCCAUCCGGAUGUAUUUCAGGUCGCUGCUAAAAGGUUCCCGGGGAAGCCCUGCCCUUGCAAGGUACUAGUUUUCGAGGAUUCCCCCAACGGCGUAGCAGCCGCGAAAACGGCGGGAAUGCGCGUCGUAAUGAUACCAAAUCCCACCCUUCCCGAAGACAACCCUUGGAGGAAAAGGGCCGAUCAGGUCAUACCGACUUUCUACGAUUUGAAACUCGAAAUGUUCGAUUUGCCGCCCUUACCGGAGAAGAGAAAAUAAAUUUGUUAUUAUUAGAUUUCAAAAAAGAUUUAAUAUGAAUUGACCUAAUAUU